AUGUCGCUUGUUUUUUGCGUUACUUAUGGAAUUGCAAUGUUCCGCUAUAACGCGCUAACAGAGUGCGGGAAGCGGCAAACAUCGGAUGCAAUGCUGAGGAAAUUGGAGUUGAAUGGAUUGGACUGGACAGUGGGUGGAGUAAGGGUUAUUGCAUGGGGCAGUAACGUAAUGGUCAGUUAUGUCCACUUGCAACUCAAUGUUAGUUCAUGCGGUACUUUUUGCGGAAGAAGAAAGCUAAUUCAAAUGUAUUUAUGCGCUAUGCGACAACUUUUUUGA